GGGGCCGAGGCGGCUGCGGGCAAUGAAGGCACCGGCGGAGGAUCUGAAAAUGGAGUGCGACAUCCUGGACGCGCUCGAGGCUCUGGGGUACAAAGGCCCUCUUUUGGAUGAAGAUGCCCUUAAUAAAGCAGCUGAGAGUGGUCUGGCUUCACAAGACUUCUGUGAUCUUUGUGUUUGGUUAAGUUCCCAAAUACAGCCGUUGUGUGACUUGGAAGAAAGCAUCUCCUCAACAGCUGGUGGUGAAGACGUUGAAAGUUUACAGCUUGAGAUGAGUGGCUUUUUAAAAGAGCUGGCUUGUCCAUAUUCAACACUUGUGUCUGGAGAAAUUAAAGAGCGGUUAAAAAAUAAAGAAGAUUGUCUUAAAGUCCUGUUAUUUUUAAGCACAGAACUUCAGGCUUUGCAGAUACUGAAAUUGAAAGAGCGUAAAAGUUCUCAUUUGACGAAGAAUAAUGACAUCCACCAGGAAAUCCAAAUGAUCUGCGACGUCCUGGGUCUGCCAAAGUCAUCACCUUCAUCUUCUGAUAUUCCGGUCUUAUUAAGCAGUAUAGAGUCAAAGGUUAAGGACAUUUUAUCAAAAAUUCCAAACACUUAUGUGGGCAAAUCUCUGCUUAAAACUCCUUUGAAUCCAGAUCAAAUGGGAAGGUUGGAAAAAAUAAACAAGACUCUUCUCAGUGAAUAUGAAUGCCGUCGUCGUAUGUUAAUGAAGCGCUUAGACGUAACUGUACAGUCCUUUGGUUGGUCCGAUAGAGCAAAGGUGAAAACAGAUGAUAUUGCAAGGAUUUAUCAACCCAAACGUUAUGGACUGUCUCCUAAAUCAACUAUUUCAUUAGCCCAUCUUCUAGCAGCUCGAGAAGACUUGUCGAAGAUCAUAAGAACAAGCAGUGGAUCGUCACGAGAAAAUACCAUUUGCUCAAUUAAUAAGGUCUUGAUGGGAAGAGUACCAGAUCGUGGAGGCAGACCAACAGAAAUUGAUCCACCACCACCUGAAAUGCCCCCUUGGCAGAAGAGACAAGAUGGUGGUGGUAGAGGUGGAAGAGGAGGUCGAGGAGGAGGAGGAGGAGGAGGUGGCUGGGGGGGAGGGGGUGGUGGUAGAGGAGGGGGAGGGGGUGGAGGUUGGAGAGGAGGAGGUGGUUUUCAAGGGAGGGGAGGAGGCUACAGUGGGAGAGGUGGGUAUGGCGAGUCAUAUGGUGGAAGGGGAGGGGGAGGAGGCUACAGGAGAUACUGAUACCACUAAAUGUUAACUGACACAAACUGUUCAUUUGGAAUCUGGGAUAAAUUAUAGCUGUCUUUGCAGCAUGAUAUUUGAAUUACGUUCUUCAUGCUUUUUUUGAAAAUUACAAUAUUCGGUUCCCUAUAAAUCACUUUGCACAUGAUAGCUUUCCUCCACAUGCGACUUCCGUUUAUGAGAUCGGAUGUACAUGUGUGCAUUUGUCAGAUGUGAUGAUUUAUAUGCGAUCUAAAACCAUGGUUAGCAGGGAGUUCCUGUUAGGUGAAUAUGCGGGGUCUGUGAGAGACUGUGAGCCCAGAGAACAUGUGGGGUUUUCUGUAUAGAAGUGAUAUCUAUGUAGAAAAUGUUCCAUGUGUGCAAUGGCCUUAAAUGUUUAAAGUGUAAAAUAGCGGUUAAAGAAGCAAUUGAGUUUUUUUGACUCUUGAGAUCUGGAUUUUUAUGUAAUAUGAGAAGCUUUGGAAACAUGAGCAUUAACAAAAUAAAACAGAAUAUAAAAUUAAAAUUGA